GCCUAAUUGAGUGCUUGGUGCUUAUUUCUGGUCAGAUUUUGUUUGUAUAUUUGGUGGUGUGUUUUGUUAAUUAGUACUAGCUCGCUAGUGGUAUGGGACGGCAACCUUGUUGUGACAAACUUGGGGUAAAGAAAGGGCCAUGGACAGCUGAGGAGGACAAGAAGCUCAUCAACUUUAUUCUCACUAAUGGCCAGUGUUGCUGGAGAGCUGUGCCUAAGCUCGCCGGGCUUCGCCGGUGUGGCAAGAGUUGCAGACUCCGUUGGACCAACUAUCUCCGGCCCGACUUGAAGAGAGGCCUCCUUACUGAAGCUGAAGAACAGUUGGUUAUUGAUCUCCAUGCUCGUCUUGGAAAUAGGUGGUCCAAGAUUGCAGCCAGAUUGCCAGGGAGGACUGAUAAUGAGAUCAAGAAUCAUUGGAACACCCAUAUCAAGAAAAAGCUGCUUAGGAUGGGAAUUGAUCCUGUCACGCAUGAACCCCUCCACAAAGAAGAUCAGUUGGGGUGCAGCAAGGAAACCAAAUCAUCAUCAUCAUCCCAUGAUCAUAAAAAUAACUUGCCAGAUCAUCAAUCUACAAAUGAUCAUAGCAUGGUAGUCAACUCAGCCGGAUCGGAGGACAUGAACUCAUCAAGCUCACCACCAGAAAACUCUUGCUCCGGCGACGAAUCAACGCUGCUAGAUACCAUUUGCAACGACGAGUCGUUGAUGAAGAACCUGUGGGUGGAUGAAACUCCUCUGAUUGAUGCAUUGUGGAGCAACAAUGGUCAAGUAGUAGCAGAUCACGGGGGCAACGAGAUUAAUAUUGAGAAUGGCAUGGGGUUGCAAUCUUGGGAGGACAAUUGUGCAUGGCUUUUGGAUUGCCAGGACUUUGGUGUUCAUGAUUUUGGCAUGGAUUAUUGCUUCAACGACGUCGAAUUAAACGGUCUCAGCACAUUAGAGAUGGGGGAUAAAUUAAGCACUACUAUAAAUUAAUAAAUAUAAUUAAUAGCAUCCAGUUAAUUAAUUACUAUAUAUUAAUGUGAAGAGAGAGUAGUGUUUAAUUCAAAUGUGCUUACAUGUUACAAAGUACCAUGUCUGCUGCCUCACUUUGAAGUUAUUUUGUUGGUGUUGAAUAUUCUUGGAAGGUCGAGCUUCAAACCUGAUUUCUGAUGAACAGGUCUCUCACCAACCCAAGAAACAGCCAUACCAAACUACCUAAGAAAAUGUCACGUAAAAGUUAGGGACAGGUUGGACAAUAUUGUAAAAAUGUAAUCAUAUUACUGGGUUUUGCUAAGACGAAACUUUCUGUACAUUAAUUAUUUUACGCUGAAUUAAAU